AUGUAUUGUGACUGGGCUUCAUUACAAGAAGAAAUUCAAUGUGACAGAGGUCAUCAGUCUGUUCUGCAUAAAUUUCCAGCCAGUGUGGGACGGGAAGUUGCUUGUCAUGUUGUCAGACAUAUAGCUCAGAAUCUUAGCAUUUCUACAGCAGCAGAUGAUCCUAGUAGUCUUCAAGAUGAGAAAGAUGUCAAAUGGACUAUGGAGGUUCUGUGUUUUGGGCUAGGCCUACCACUCACUGAACAUGAGACUAUCAACAACUGUGUUAAGGUUUAUGUGGAAUGGCUAUCAGCUCUUCUGAGUCCAAAAUCCUGUGUACCUCGCCCAAUCAUUGAGGAUCCGAAUCCAUUUGCUCAAAUCAUAUUGCAUCAUUUGCUGAAUCUGUUCACACCAAGACCAGAUUCAACUUCAGAUUUAGUCAAUAAGCAAGCUGUAUUAUGUCAUCGAGUGCUACGUGCAAUAGAAUCUGUGGCUAAGGAGUCAGCUAUCCUUACAAGAGAUACCUGGGAGGUCUUGUUGAAAUUUCUUUUAGCAGCUAAUGACAGUCUUUUGAGCCCACCAACUGAAAAAGGUACAAUGUUGUUUUUUGAAUUUUAUAAAAGGGUGAGACUUCUUAGACUAAGACAGUUAUCAUGUAACUUAUGCAGAAAUAUAUAA